GAUUUGCGACAAGAUGGCGGGCCGUUUCGAAGUCCGGUAAUUAUCUUCGAAAAAUUGCUAAAAAUCAACCUCACAAAGAUAUAUUCAAGAAAAAUGUUUGAAGUAAGAAGUACCCGGUAACACAGAGAACCGAUAAGAUCGCUGUGAGCUUCCAUUCUAUGCAGGAUUCGAUCUUAGACAAUUGAAAAAGAAUGGAUCGCUACCAUGUCUUGGAGUGCAUCGGGGAAGGGUCUUUUGGGAAAGUGUACAAAGGGAGAAAAAAGUACACUGGGCAGGUGGUUGCCCUGAAGUUCAUCCCCAAGGUGGGCCGUCCUGAGAAGGAGUUACGGAACCUUCGUCGUGAGAUUGAGAUCAUGCAGCACCUCCACCACCCUAACAUCAUUGAGAUGCUCGACAGCUUCGAAACACCUAAAGAGGUUGUAGCUGUCACAGAGUAUGCAGAGGGAGAACUGUUCCAAAUCCUAGAGGAUGAUGGGAACUUACCGGAGGAACAGGUCCAAUCCAUUGCUAGUCAGCUGAUCUCAGCCCUGUACUACCUGCAUGCCCACCGUAUCCUACACAGAGACAUGAAGCCUCAGAACAUACUACUGGGGAAAGGAGGGGUGGUCAAGCUCUGUGACUUUGGAUUUGCACGAGCUAUGAGUAUCAACACACUUGUUCUGACAUCGAUAAAGGGUACACCACUGUACAUGUCUCCUGAACUUGUUGAAGAAAAGCCAUACGACCACAAUGCUGACUUAUGGGCUCUUGGCUGUAUCCUGUAUGAGCUGUUUGUGGGCCAACCCCCCUUCUACACCAAUAGUAUCUUCCAGCUUGUCAGUCUCAUUAUCAAGGACCCCGUCAAGUGGCCUAAAAACAUGAGCCCAGAGUUCAAGAAUUUUUUGCAGGGACUCCUGGUUAAGGACCCCAAGAAGCGCCUUACCUGGCCUGCGCUGCUGCACCAUCCCUUUGUGAAGGAGGGAGUUGUUGUUCUUGAUGAAACCAAGAAGCUGACAGCUGCUGAGAUGCCCUUUACUGAGGAGCCCCCACCAGAAGUCCAGGCUGCCAAGGCCAAGGCUGUGAAGGAGCAGACUAAGAAGACUGGGCAGUCUAAGAUCCUCAGCAAGGCCAGGGAGAAACGCAGAGAGGAGAAGGCCAAACCUGCCGCUGACAAGCCCAAUGGUAAGGGAGAGGCCUGGAACAAACACCAAGGACCUGAAAAGGGUGCGGGGAGCACUCCUACAAAAAUCCCACGUGCUACGCCUGCUAACCCUGCAGUGGUGGCAAAGAUGAAAGGUCAGGCACAAGCAGAAGAUGACUGGGAAACUGAGGGCAAGGGCAAGCCUGUCACCCCAAGGUCAGACAGGAUCAGCCAUGACUAUGCCAGGGAGGAGGAUGUGGCUACACAGAAGGCAGCUGCAGCAGCCAAGGAGAAGGAAAGGAAGGCAAAGAAGAGCUUUGAGAACGUCAACUUGGAGAGCGAGGAGCUGGACAGUGAUGAUGAGUGGCAACAGUUCAUUGAGGCGACGGAGCCGUCCAACAUGCAGCUGACGGCGCCCAUGACCCUGCUACAGGACGAACACUUCGCCUCCAGGAUAUCUGCACGGCUGCAGGCAUCAGGACAACAGGUUUUAGAAGGGAUGUUGGAGGGAGCAUCCAGACUCAGGCCUGUACUCAGGGUCAUCUGUAACCUCCUGGCCACUAAAUGUGACAAUGAGCUGCUGUAUAAGUUGUGUCAGCAGAUGGAGGUUCCCUCCUUCACUCUCCACCUCACUAAACAACUGCUGGAGAAAACAAACAUCAAGAAGCUUCCAUGGUGUCUUCAGGUUCUUGGUGACUUGGUCAGUCUUCUCACUGCAUACUUUUCCAGUGACUUCAACAUCUCAGAGAUCAAGGGGACAAAAAGCUUCGAAGUGUUUGAGAAAUCUGCCCUGUCAUUUGUUGAGGUUUUACCUCUGGUCAUCAAGGAACCGACUGACCACGAUCUCAAACUGAGAGAACAGGGACUGCUGUGCCUGAUGUUCCUGUGUGAUGCCAUGGACCAUAACCAGACAGACAUCCCCAAGAGGUUCUACAGUCGGUUAGUAGAACAGAACCGUACCGUGCUCAACUCACUGGUCACCAUGGCCAGGAUAGAACCAGGGCUGCUCAGGAAACUGGAAAUUGUGCUUCCCAGCCCAGUAGAGGCCUCAGCACGGGUGGAACAGAUGUUCACUAUGACUACAUCCGUCCUGGCCUCAAUGAUUCAUAUUGGGGGAAAAGACAAUGGAAAGAAGAUGGUGGCCUCGUACAUCACCGACCAAUUGCUGAGCUCCCAAAAUGAGUACAUCCUGAAGGAACUGAUGGAGAGAAUUAUCGACCCAAACAACUGUGUCAGUGUUAUCAAGGUCCUGUACACCACCUCUCAGGUGUCGAGGAAGAUGUGUCGACUGGUGACGUCCCAGGAACAGCCCAUGGCUGCACUACUGGCCAUCCUGGAGGGACAGGUUCCCCUGGAGGAGUCAGUUCUGCUGCAGGGGUUUGAGAUGACCCUGCAGCUGCUGAGUGUGUUCCUGCUGCAGCUGAACAAGGUGCCCCAGGUGCUGGCAGACGCAGCUGGCCUGAUUGUGGAUAUCUAUGUCCAGUCACAGGUGCCAAGCCACGGGGCUGCUGCUGCCCUCCUCCUGAGUCAGAUGAGUAACUACGGAGUGGAGAUAGAGAUGCAGAUAGACGAGGUUCUGAUGGCCUGCAGACAUGUUCUGUCAGAACUCUCUGAGGUGACCGUGCCCUGUCCCCUGCAGCAUGGAAUCCUGGAUGGCAUGCUGGAACUACUGCUACAACUGGUGCAUGAGGGUGAUGUAUCCGUGGUGCGACUGUUUAUCGAGUGUGGCGUGUGGAACCUCCUGUGGCACCGCCUGGUCCAGGUCCUCCACAUCAACUCCCAGACAGAGAUGGCUGUGUACGACGUGGAGGGGGAGGAGAAGAUCCUGUCACCACGGCGACCGCCGCCUGAUUGGUCGGCCAUGUCCCCCUCAGGACUGAUGGUGAUGAUGCAGAUGAGUACCAUUGUGUUCACAAAGGAACCCCAUCAGUGUGUGCCCCUGCUGGCCAGUGCUGACAGCGUGGUAGUGCUGUGCCUGGCCACUAUGCUGUCUGACUUCUUCUUAGCUGAGCUGGCACAAAGCCCUGGUGACGAAGACUCCAGCCCCUCGGAGAGGGUGAUUGACCUGAUCCUGCAGGUGACCCAGCUGUUCUGUUUCCCCUUCGCUGUGGACACCAACGACACCAUUCUGUCAGAAACACUCAGGUGCGUACGUGAGGUACAGCUGGUCCCGCAGCUGUUGUUGGUGUCCAGGCGCUACCUCAAGCUGCACUUACUGGAGAUGCCAAUAGGGCUUGUAAGCAGGCUGAUUCUGGGGGACUCUCAACUCAUUCCACAGUUUGUCAUCAUGGUGCAAAAUACAGAGUCCACAGGUUUCCUGGCACAGCUGCUGUCCCCAGAGGCUCCAGUGGCAGUGACAGCUGACGUGCUGUCUGUGUGCUGUCACAUUGCCAGGAACUCAGCUGAUCACAUGGGCUUCCUGAAGACGCUGCUUAUGGGACAGAAAGGUGACUAUGGCACUCUGCUGUCCCUCCUGAACCACACCUCUCCAGUGGUACAGUCCAGAGCCUGCAGCCUUAUGGGUAAUCUUCUCAGACACUCAGACGACUUCUACAAGGUCUUAAAAGCCAGAAAGCAGUUGGUGGAACGACUGCUGACACUUCUUAAAGAUAAUGACACAAACGUCAGAAAGUGUGCUUGCUUGGCUGUUGGGAAUGCAGCCCAUCACAAUGGAACCCUGUACAGUGUACUGGGUACAGCUGUGCCACAGUUAGUCAGCCUGCUGAAUGACAAUCUGGCCAGGACCAGGGCAAAUGCUGCAGCUGCACUUGGCAACCUGUCCAGACAUUCCUCUACGCUCUGUGUGCCUCUCAUCAAGAACAAGGCUCCACACAGACUUCUAGAAGCUGUUCUGCAUGACAACCAGGUGACAGUACAGGAGUCAGCAGCCAUGUCCCUCCGAACCAUGUGUCACCGCAGGGAGCUGAAGGAAGUCCUCGUCUCUCUCAAAGCUGCGGACAAGCUCUCCUCCACGGUGCAAGGAGCGCGCACGUCCACCGUGUCCACCCCGGGAAGCCGCUACUCCGUCAGCUCUGGCAGCCACAGGAGCGCAAGCGCCGUGGCACAACACUGUCUGAAAUUACAGAGACUGCUAACUUCUUAAACACAUCCAAUGCAAUUUGCAAAACUGGAUUUUCAAAAUUUUCUGGUCAUUCUUUUAAUGUAGUAAGUUUGAUCACACUGAUAUCUGUGAGGCAAAAAUGCCCGGGAAGGCAGUACUCUGUCAGCUCUGGCAGCCACAGGAGCGCGAGCGCCGUGGCACAACACUGUCUGAAACUACAGAGACUUCUCAGUUCUUAGAGACAUCCAAUGCAAUUUCAGGGUGGCAAAACUGGAUUUUCAAACUUUUCUGGUCAUUCUUUUAAUGUAGUAAGUUGGAUCAACCCUAUCCCAUAUCGCACUGAUAUCUGUGAGGCAAAAAUGCGACGUCACUGAUUGUUUUCUAUCCUAGGCUCGUACUAGCGAUUUACAUGUAUAGGCAGUACCCAAAAAUUUCCAGCCAAAGGGGCUUCUCAUGUGGUCUAUUAUUUGACUAUUUCCAAUGCUUUAGUUAUGAAAUAAUGAUGAUAAUGUGAAAAGAUAUGGCAGUUAAUGUCAAUAUCAGAUAGAUUUCCUCAUCCAAAAUAUUGUUUUUAUUUUGCUGCCCUGAAAUUGCAAUGGAUACAAUAUCAUUUGUAGAAUACAUAAUAUUAUCGCAUGUAACAGCAUAUCAAAUGCAAGGCAGCUAGAUAUCACCACUUGCACCUUAAUGUGUCUUUAGAAAUGAUUAGACCUGAAAAGUGAUGGCUAUACUUCUCAACAGAACAAUCUAUUAGCAACAUUGUCUGAUUGGUA